AUCUAAACCGCCCCCUUUUCCUAUGCGCUGAUAUACCAAAUUACUUCAUAAUUGCACUCUACCAUGGCUGAACAACAACACGUCUCAUUCAAGAUAGAAGACCUUUUCUCUGUCAGAGAAAAAGUCGUCGUCGUAACAGGCGGAGGAUCCGGCCUCGGGAAAGCGAUCGCCGAGGGCUUUGCUGUGAACGGCGCGAAAGUCUAUAUCACUGGGCGGAGACAGGACGUCCUGGAAACUGCGGCGAAACAGAUCGGUGGUAACACCCAUGUUAUCCAAGGAGACGUACAGACCAAGGCAGGAUGUCAGAAGAUCGCCGAAGCCGUUCAAGCCCAGGAAACUCAUAUUGACACACUGAUUAACUGCGCCGGCGUGAACAGCCCUUGGAGAGUCACAGCGAAGGAUCACGACAAUCCUGACGAGGUUGAAAAUCUCCUCCUGAACGGAGUCGAGGAAGAGGAUUUCGAUCGAAGUAAUCAGAUCAACGUUAACGGCGUUUACUUCUUGACCGUCAACUUCAUUCCCCUCCUCCGCAAAUCAACAGAUCCAAAUGUUUGCAUAAUCGCUUCACUGGCCGGAAUUGCAAACCAGAGAUCCAUGGGAUCUCUGACAUAUGGUGUUUCCAAGGCAGCAACUGUGCAUCUAGCUAAACUACUUGCUGGUCGUCUACACCCAAUGAAGAUACGCGUCAACACAAUUUGUCCAGGAAUUUUCCCUUCUGAGAUGACGGGUGUAACAGCAGGCAAGCAUGAAUAUAACAUCAACCACCAGGCAACAAAAGCUGCCAAGCGUUGCACUGCUGGCCGUCCAGGCCGACCGGAGGAAAUGGUUGGGCCGGUUCUGAUGUUAUCUAGCCCUGGUGGAGCUUACAUGAACUACGCACUAUUAACUGUGGAUGGUGGUAGAUUGAUGGGCGUUUCGAUCAACGACGGAAUAAGAAUGCCAGACGACACUUAUACGGACGAGAUUCUCGGUUAACGAUACCUUAUACGAUGACUGCCUUAAUUUCGCGAACUUAGGAAAACAACUAUAAACAAGCAUUGAAUACUUAAUUACUGGAUGUAUGAAGGCAGACUUAGAUACAGCAAGUUCAUGGAAAGUUA